UGCAAAAAGUUAUCUCCCUUAGUUUCGGUGUUGACAAAAUGAAUGAACAUGACAUUAUAUCGUCAGUUACUCCCAAAUUAAGCCAUUUAGUUAUCAAAUUGAUGCGAGAUUGUGAAGUUGGUAUAUGUGCUGGACAUGUGAAACUGUCUGAUCUUAAUUGUGGAUGUCCAACAGUGUCUGAUGCCCCUGGAAAAUGUGACCGAUUCAAGGUCACCAUUCCAUUUGCAGGACAAACUCUCACAUGGGAAGUCUUGUUCGAUGAACAAAAUCCAGAGGAUCCUCCUGACUUCAUAUUUGGAUCAGAUGAGUUCUUUCCAAACAUUGACAGACUGCCGAGUCUGGUCGACUGGGAUUUCUCAGAGCCUGCCAGUCUUACACACGUCAUCAAUGAACUCGUCAUAGAGUACAGGAGAUACCAGGAGCGAUUGGUGUCAGAGAUUGAACGACUCAACUUUGAGUACACAUCACUGCUGGAAGGGACUGCAGUCACCCCGGACACAAUGGAAAUACAUGUCUCCCGCACAGAGAAUCGUGUAGGACCUAUAAAUUUCUUGAUAAAGCUGCACGUAGACUUCUCUAAAAUACCUGAGUAUAUGGUGAAGUUGAACCUUGGAGAGGACGCUGCCCUGUUGCUGGUCACGUACCACACGGCCGAGGGAUCACGCAUCACACCUCAACUCUACAUGUCACACAGGCUAGAAAAGGCGCUGGGUGGGGGAAAUAAUCUACGUAUACCGGUGUUUCCUGAGCAGUCAUGUCUCUCUGACUACGUCCAGGAUGUGACCUUACUCCUCCAAAACAAGGUUGACACUAUUGUAAAUUGUUUUGAGAAGAGGCGGGAUUACAUAAAUGCUUUCUUGGAACAAUUUGGAAGGUCUGUUCUGGAGUUUGACAGUGUUAGUUUCACCAAGGUUGGGUUCCUCUUCGAGUGGCACGAUUUCUUCUUCAUGGUCAACAUUGAAUUGCCUGCGAUGUUCCCAAAGGAGAAGCCAUCGUUGACGCUCCAGUCCAUCUACCAUGAGCAGAAGGGUCGGCCGUACAGUGAGCCAUACCCAGACUACCCCUACAGUCCACGCUGGAAUGGGGCAGAAAUGGCAGACAGAAUAAGACAGUACAUCCUGGAGCAUAUUGGUACAUUCCAAAAGAAAUCAGUGACUUGUGGAAGAGAAUAGCAUCUGCCAUUCAUGGUCUGUUUUAAAACUGCUGGAAUCCCCGAUCUGAAUGGCCUUGAUCCUUGUGACAAUUUCAUGUCAAUGUCUCUUGUUUCCAUGGUAACCUAGUGAACACCUGACUAAUUAAACUGUGUUUACUGCAGGAUAGGUGGUACUCCUGAGAACAAAAACAUUUAAGUUAAUGCAUACUAACCCACACUGCUGAGCUGCAUCAUUUUAGUCUAUAGAUACCUUGUUUUAGGUAUCUCUAGUGUACUCAGUCUGAAAUAUGUUAUGAAAUUACUUCUUUGAAACUUUUCUACACUGGGAGGUCCCUUUCGAACUCAGGACUUUAUGAUGACGAAUGUUUGAUGCAAGAGACAUAAUGAAGGCAUUUUGUAGUUGUACAGUUAGUCAUAUUGUUUAAUAAAAGGUAUUUAGAUUUGUUUUUAAUGAGGUCAUUCAUCUGACACUAUCAUGUAAGCUGUAAUCAUUGUUUAUUGUUCAACUUUGUGCAAUAUGAUUUUAAAUAAAUUACCAGUUAUUCAU